GUUAGAGCAUUGUUUCUCCUGAUGCAGUGCAAGCCUUUUCUGGAAAGGUUUUGUCUUUGCUAGGAGAGAGAGGAGUAUAGUGUGAGAGGAAAAACUCUGAUUGCCUUUGCUUGGCAGCCCCAUAGUAAGUAUUCCCUAUGUUUCUACACCUCUGUGUGGAAAUGCUCACCUGUGUCUUUCCGAGAGAAGCAGUACCUUUUUGGAAGGGGCAAAUGGGACAGAAGAAGUCAGGCUCCUGUGUAAUAGGUGAUGUUUUACAAGUGCUGCUGGCCAUCAGUAGUCUCUGGAGGAUCCAGGACAUGGGUGUUGGUACUGGGAGAAGCUGGACAGAGCUAAUUACUCAGAGGAGAAAGGAUGGGCAGGAGCCAAGCAGAUGGCAAAAGGAUGAGGAGGAGGUGGGCAGGCAACAAGGACUAGCUGCAGGAAAGGGGGAUAAUUCCCAGAGCUGGGAGGGAAAACCAGUGCUGAUUUUGGUUACCUGGUAUGGCAAUGCCUUAUCUUCUUCUCCAGCAGGCAUUGCUCAGAGGUGCACUGCUAUCAAGCACCACUUUUCCCAGCCAGUACACUUGCUCAGUGUCCCCUUCAACUUGGUAAAGAUGAUCCACGAGGAUAAAUGGUGUCUGCUCUACUUGUGAAGGAUCAUGGCUGGAUUCCUGGGCAUGACUGCAGCUAUUCUCUGAGGGUGCAUUGUGACAGCAGUCAGCUUUUCAGAGGAAAGCCUCACUCAGCAUAUUACAGGUCUGCUGUUCCUGAUGCCAGGGGUAUUUUGCACCAUGUCUCUGUGCACUUAUGCAGCCAGCAUAACAUAUGACCUAAACCACAUUCCCACAUUCAUCUAUAAUCUUCUCAAUUAUGUAGAACAUGGAUACAGCUGCUGUCUAUUUUCUGCUUGUAGUCUGGGAUUUACAGUAGCAGCUGGGUCUCUUUGCACAGCUUACCCAUUUGUUAGCAGCGGCAACAUUAUGCAGUUGAAGUCCACCAGAGACUCCUCUGUAUGACUGCCCACCUGUCACCAACAUCCUUCAAUUACUUAUUCAAAGAAGCAGAAGUGAAGGGAAAACUAAAGUCAGGAUUCCAGGCACAAAAGUCUGACUCUUCAAAAUCUGACUGUCUUGUUUUACUGGUUCAACAAGCUGUUCUUCCAUGCUUCCAAACAGAGAGAUUUGAAAAGGAGACAGCUCUCAGAGAAUGGAGAUG